AUCGAACUUCGAAUAUGUACAAUAUGUCAGCUGAAUCAUAUGACUUCGUUAUCGUAGGGGGUGGAACGGCUGGGCUUACUCUUGCGACUCGGCUUUCAGAAGACCCUAAUACGAGCAUUCUUGUGCUAGAGGCUGGUUCUGACCAUAACGAAGACCCACGAGUCAAGACACCAGCACUGUUUGGAAGCAUGAUGAAUACCGACCUUCACUGGGGCUUCCAAACAAAACCUCAGGCAAAUAUGAAUAUGAGGAAGAUGGACAUCAGCCAGGGCAGGAUUCUUGGUGGCUCGAGUGCGGUAAAUGCAGAAAUCUUUCUUCCGCCGACCAAGAGGAUAAUCGACUCCUGGGCUUCGCUGGGAAACGAUGGUUGGGAUUGGGAUGGAUUUGGUCGAUACUACGCCAAAGUAUUCACCUCCCCGCCGAUACCAGAGGCUUCAAGAAAGAGUCUGGGUAUUGACGGAUGGUCUACCAACAAUAAUACUUCCACUGGGCCGCUUAAAUCCUCGUUCCCCGGUAAUCCACGGCACCCCAUUCGUAAGGCCUGGGCAGAGACUUUCAAAAGCAUGGGGUAUCUCAUGGAAAAUGACCCCUUUGCAGACCCAUCGAUGGGAGUGGGCGCCUUCAGCAACCUCGCAAGUAUAGAUCCUGUGCGAAAGGAGCGAAGUCAUGCUGCUAACGCAUAUUACGACCCAAUUAAGGACCGGAAGAACCUUCAUGUUAUAACUAAUGCUCUAGCUGAAAAGGUUCUUUUUCAGGGUCAUUCGACAACGGCUACAGGGGUCCAAUAUCGACACGGGUCCGAAACGAGGAUUGCCAAGGCUCGUAAGGAGGUCAUUCUUGCAGCCGGUGCUUUGCAAACCCCUAAGCUAUUGGAACUGUCUGGCGUCGGAAAUGCGGAUGUUAUUAAGCCGCACGAUAUCGACGUUGUGAAGCACAUAGAGACUGUCGGAGAAAACCUUCAGGACCAUCUGCUUUGUGGUAUGGUGUUCGAGGCAAAUGAUGACAUAGAAACUCUUGACGUACUUCUUGAACCCAAGGACUUAGGGAAGGCCAUGAAUGAGUACGCGACUAACAAAACGGGCCCGCUCACAACCUGCGGUAUCCAAACGAGCGCCUAUAUGCCAGUAAUCAAGCACCAGUCGCAGGCAGGUCACAAGACACUGGAAGAUCUGCUAAACAGGAACCGUCCUGCUGCUGGUGACUUUUUGGACCAGAGCCAAAGUCGAGCGACGGCUUAUUAUGAAAUAGCCGAGAAGACCCUGCUGGACCCAAAAGCACCGUCGGCUGCUUACAUCACAUCUCUUGUGCAGGGUGGUUUGGCGCCCGACCCACUUACUGGAAAGCCAUCGCCGCCGGUGCCUGGUAGAUAUAUCGACUUCAUUGCCAUACUCGCCCAGCCCCUUUCCAGAGGAAGUGUGCAUAUCGCGUCCAAUGAUAUAUCAGAGGGUCCUAUUAUUGACCCCAAGUACUUGACAAAUCCUGUGGAUCUUGAUAUUUUCGCCGAGCAUGUACUUUCUCUCCACACCCUCGCUGCAUCGGAGCCCCUAACAGCCCUACUCAAACAACCGCUAAAUAUAUCUCCUUCGGCAGCUAGGUUUACCGAUUUGGAUGCUGCGAAGGAGUAUAUCAAGUCUCGGACUAUCUCGAUGUGGCAUCCCGCGGGGACGUGUGCGAUGCUUCCGGAGAGCAAGGGAGGUGUCGUCGAUAACAAACUAAAAGUCUACGGGGUUGAAAAGCUUCGAGUUAUUGAUGCUAGCGUUGUUCCCUUACUUCCUCCUGGCAACCUGCAAUCAACGGUGUAUGCGAUUGCGGAAAAGGCGGCUGAUUUGAUCAAGCGGGAAUAUGGAUUGAACCAAGCUGAUUAGAUGACCCAAUUUGUACGAAGUAUGUAGAAUGAGAAAACAUCAAUCAUUGAUCUGUUGAGAUUCCGAUGCAUUGGAGCCUGAGGUACCUAGCUGCCAUUGUAAAGAUAGCCGCUGGAACGUAGGUGGGCAUGCUAAUGGAUUAUUUUAGUACCUAGAAACGUCGCCCGAAAACGCCCUAAACCUUCAGCUACUGGCAGCCAUUAAACCCCGCAAAAAUGUUACCGAUCGAGGAGCGGAAUGAGCGUGAUUUCAUAGCUUCAGCUGUUCUAGGGUCAAACACAGGCCAACAGCGGCCAACAUUGUCCACUGCGACCUCAUCGGUCUCUUGUGUCGGAAGGCAAUAAUAGUGACCCAACACACAGUGGCGCCCUCUACCAACAGGGCGACAACCCGGGUAGGCUUAUAGAUACAGCAUGAACCGAUCGCGAAUCGUAGUAAGGCACUCACAUAGCCAACCUGCCUUGGAGUUAGACGCCCAUUGGAUAACUUCGACUUCUGGCGCUGAGCCGGUAAUGGGACCCCAACGAAAGGCAGCGUAGAAGCGAUGAAUAGGGAACCGUAGGUAGUAGAGAUUACGUCCGACCAGGUAUUUAUAGCCAUACCUUAUGAGAGAAUGCGCCGAGCAGUGCCGUCGCGUUGUUUGUGAGAAAGAAUUGAUGACUGAGUAAGGUUACUAGGUAGUAGAGGGACC